UAGCUGUGAAACGUCAACCAAUCAGAGGAGAAGCAGUUUCUCUACUUGCUUCAUAAUUCUACGCCGGUUGUCCCCGCCCGCAUCGGCUUACUAUGCGAAGUUGCCAAUUGUCACGUGGGUUAUUAAUAUUUGAAAAGAUAUUUCUUCUUGAUUGCCCGAAAAAAUUUUUCCAAUUAAUAUGGGUAAGAAAGACAAAAAUAAGAAGAAAGUGAGCGGUAGUGUGAAAACUGCAUUAAAAACUGAAAAGAAAUUAAGCUCGAAACAGAAAAAGGAAUUAGUCGCACUGGGUGAGGACGACAUUGAAAAUGUGAUAGCCGAAAUCGAAAAGGAAGAAGCUCGAAGGCAACGUGUUGUUGAAAAGCCGGUGGAACCACCGUCUCGACGUGUUAAUUUUAGUUUAACAGCACAUCCUUUUAAAGAUGAGCUUAUUAUGCACGGAGGAGAAUUUCAUGAUGGACGAACGACGUUUGUUUAUGGAGAUAUGUUUACGUAUAACAUAAACAAAAACGAAUGGACUGUGAUAAGAGCACCUGGGGCUCCACCCCCCCGUUGCGGUCAUCAAAUGGUAGCGAUACCAACGAAUAGAGGGGAACUAUGGGUAUUCGGUGGUGAAUUCUCUAGCCCAUCGGAAUCGCAAUUUUAUCAUUACAAGGACUUAUGGGUCUAUCGAAUUGAAGAUAAAAAAUGGGAAAAGAUUCAGGCUGUUGGUGGUCCAUCUGCUAGAAGCGGUCAUAGAAUGGUUCAUGUAAAAAGACAAUUGAUAGUUUUUGGCGGCUUUCAUGAUAAUUUGAGGGAUUACAAAUAUUUUAAUGAUGUGUACUCGUUUCACCUUGAAACAUAUACUUGGCAAAAGAUUGAAUUAACUGGUAACCCGCCACUUCCAAGAUCUGGCUGUAUAGUGUUGCCAACGCCUGAAAAUAAAUUACUUGUAUACGGUGGUUACAGUAAAGACAGAAUAAAGAAGGAUGUGGAUAAAGGACACAUUCACGACGACAUGUUUUUAAUGACCCCUGAAAGGAAUGAUCAAACUGGUUUAAAAUGGAAGUGGAUGUCUGUAAAACAGGGCGGAGUGAGACCAUCGCCUCGUUGUAGUGCGUCAGCUGUUCUCGUUCAAUCGAGUUUAGCAUAUAUGUUUGGCGGGGUAUUCGAUGAAGAAGACAACGAAGAAGAACUUCAUGGAAGAUUUUAUAAUGAUCUAAUGGCAUUAGACUUGGAGAAAUUACAAUGGCACACGGUGACGUUAACUGGAAAGAAAGACGUAACUGCACGACGUCGCAGAAGAAAAGUGAGAGAAGCUGAUGAAGAAGAAAAUAAUAGCCAAAAUGAGGAAGAUAGUGAUAAUGAAGUUGAAAAAUCAUCGCUUGCCCCGAUUCAAUCGACAAUUACCGACGAAGAUGGGAUAUUCACGAUGACAAUAGGACCAACUACGAGUGGUCCUGUUAUACAGAAGAAAGACAGCGUUUCAGAAAAUAUGUUUGUGCCAUGCCCAAGAAUAAAUCCGGGUCUUGCUAUCAAGCAUAAUAUUUUAUACUUGUACGGCGGUAUAUUUGAGGACGGAGACCAUCAGUAUACGCUGAACGAUUUCUACAGCUUGGAUUACCGUAAAUUAGAUGAAUGGAGGACAAUAAUGGCAGAUGACGUAUCUUCACAAACAUGGUAUAAUUCCAGUAGUUCAAGCUCGGAAGACGAAAGCAGCGAUACUAACGAUAACGAUGAAAACAAUCGUGACAAUGAACAACCGAGGGAUCCUGGAAAUAGACGUAUGUAAAAUAUAUGAAAUAUAAGCUUUGCGAAGAUCAAUUAUAUGAUAUAGGACUAAAGUUUACCUGUGCAGUAAUAAACAAUACACAAUGGGAACUUAAGCGAUGAUAUACGCCAUUCUUAUCUUCUGUGUGAUCACUUUUCAAAGACACAUAAAUAUUGAAGAUUUUGCUUCCUCCUUUAAUAAAGUGUAUAAUCUCGUUGUAAAAUUGAAAAUCUUCAGAAUCACAAGUUAGAAUGUGAACUAUGAAUAAAAAUACUUUUUUAAUGUUACUGUAAAAUAGUAUGUUUCCUUAUAUACGCGCGUACAUAAGUGUGCAACAAAUUACCUUCUGGGUUUAAUUUUUUACUAAUAUUAGCUGUUAUAGACCUAAUUUCUAAAAUCAUAUCUUUAACCUCCUGUAUUCUUUUAUCGAGUAUGUCGUUCUUCCAUGUAUGAAACUGUGACGACAAUAAAAAAAAAAAAUGUGAUAUUGA